CUGCAUUUACUUUUAUUCAUUGAGUUUUGUUCAGUUUAAAGUGAUAUGUAAUGAUGAAGGGUCAUCUAUUUCUUGUUUUUCUAUUACUGUUUAUUCAGGCGUUUUGUACAUGUGCACGUAUAAUCCUCGAAGAUAAUUUCCAUGCUGAUCAUACCCUUGUCCAUGGUUUAAAUGGAAGAAUAAGAAGAGAAACAAAAGAUGGCUUCGUUGAUUUGCGUUGUACACCAGGAUUUACAGCUUUCGAUGAUACAUGUUACAAACUCGUCCAUGAUAAAUUGAACUGGACACAAGCAAAAGAAGAAUGUACCAAAGUUAACGGCAUAACAUAUCACCUCGUUACUAUCAAAAGUCAAGCAGAACAAAAUUUUGUGAACGGAAUCAUUUCAUCCUUAAGUUUUAACGAUACAGAAAGAGUGUGGAUAGGCUUAGCAAGACAUCCGUCUAAUCUUAGUAUCUUCUUUUGGAUGGAUGGAACAAAUGUCUCUUAUGACAACUGGUAUACAAAGAAGAAAUCUGAUGACCCAUUUCCAGAUGAACCAAACAAUGAAGACGAAAAAUGUGGAAACGUUUUCAUGGAGCAGAACAAACUAGGACACUGGAAUGACGAAAAAUGUGAACUAGAAUAUUUCUACAUUUGCGAGGGAACACCUGAUUCCGUAUUCUGUGCAGCCGAAACAGACACAUACACUUUUGGUUCAUUUAAUUUGACUUGGAACGAAACAAACACGGGCAUUACAGCAUGUUCUUCCUGUCCUGAAGGAUUUAAUGGUUUGGUUUCACGCAAAUGUAAACUGGAAGAUAAGUCCGGAGUGUGGGAAACAUCAAAUGUAACUGACUGUAAAAGACAAAUUUUCAAGAACCUAAUAGACCAGCUUGACAAUAUUAACGAUGGUGUUCAAAACGUGUCAAUCGAAGAGAUCCUUAGAACAUUUACACACUCCUUGAACAAUCAGUCUUCUUUUAUAUCAGGAGAUAUCAACAGUGGAGUUAUCAUUCUGGAGAAAUCCACUGUUAUUUUCUCCACACAAAGUGGAAACAUUUCAUUGGCAGAAACAGAGGCGUACAUGUCAGCUACAAACAGCUUAUUGUCCAGUGAAACUGCAACACAUUUGUGGCAAGAGGUUGGAGAUAAUAACGCUGCUAAGGUUUUGAACAUAACAUCGACGUUUACUAGUGUUGUAUUAAAAUCGCUUCAAAACAAUUCAUCAUUGAAAAUUUCGAAACCAUCAUUAGAAGUGGAAAUAAACAACAAAAAUGAAGGGGACAUCACUUUCAACGCGUUGUUUGAUCAAUCACUUGGCAACGACGACCGUCUUUUCUUAGCAAAAGAGAGUUUGAAAGAAAGGACAAAUACUGCAGGAUACAUAGCAAUUCAUUACAAUACAAUAGCACACUUAUUACCAAGAAAAACAAGUGUCAAUAGUCAGGAAACAACAGUAGUAACGUCAGUUCUGUCACUGACUAUACCAGGAAUCAAUCAGCCUACUUUGAAUCCACCAUUACAUUUAUACUUCACACAUACGCAGACACACGUCAAAGGAUUAAGAUGUUCGUUCUGGGAUUUUACUUUACAAAAUAGUGGCUUUUGGUCAACAAAUGGAUUAAAGACCGUUUUAACUAAUAGUACCUUCACAGAAUGUACAAGUAAUCAUUUGACUAACUUUGCUGUUCUACUGAGUUUAUAUGAAAUACCAGAAAAUCACGAUGAGGUUCUUGCAGUUAUUUCUAAAGUUGGUUGUUCGGUAUCCAUUACUGCUCUUGUCCUAUUGUUAAUAAUUUACUAUAUUGAAUGGAGAUUUCUUCCAUCUGACAAGUCGAAAAUACUCGUCACCAUGGCUGUAGUUUUUCUCCUAGCGUAUGUGGUAUUUCUAGCUGGAAUAGAGGGCACAGAGAAUAAGAUCACCUGCAAGGUAGUGGCUGUUGUCCUGCAUUUCCUAUUCCUAGUGGGUAUACAUAUGAUGGUUGCAGAAGGCAUUGUGCACGGGAAAAUGCUGGCCACCGUACUCGCAUCAACGCAACAACGUUCAAUAUCACCGAUUCUUCUUCCUAUAGGAUUUGGAAUACCUGUGCUUAUUGUCGCGAUAUCCACGGCAGUUACAAAACUAGAUGGAUAUGGCGAUGGAAAGUAUUGUUGGUUAUCAACAAGUAAUGGACUAAUCUGUACGUUCACUGUUCCAUGUGCUGUAGUUGUUCUUACUAACUUUGUGAUCUUUGUAUUUGUGGUGACGAAGUUGUUCUCUAUAAAAGCUGUAAAGAAGAAAACAAAACUGCAGCAAUUAAUCUCUGGAUUGAGAUGUUUUUCAGUAUUGGCACCCAUUUUUGGAUUGUCGUGGAGUUUUGGAUUCUUCUCUUUAAAUGAAGACACUAUUGUUAUGAGUUAUUUAUUUGUGAUCAUCAAUUCAUUUCAGGGACUGCUGAUAUUUAUUUUACAUGGAUUAUUAGACCCAAAAAUUCAGAGAUCAUGGAAACGGAAAUACUCGGAAUUUCGAAAGAGGGAAAAGUUUUCUUCAACUACAACCAAGUCAACCGAAGAAAUCAAUUUUGAUAGCAUUACAGCUGCCUCAUGAAAAACAACCAGUUCCAACAAAUAUAGAAGGUAGACUGUAUACAUACACUGCGAUUGAAUAUUGACGGCAAACAGGGACCAAAUAACAAUUAUAAGAAUUUGAACAUUGUAGCUUUUCUAUAAUAAUUUUUUUGGAUAAUGUUUUGUGAAACCCAUAAAGUCUUAUUAUAUUAUUAAUUUUGGUUAGAAUAUAAAAUAUUUCCUAAUUGUAGUUAUUUGGACGUAUGAAUGAUUUUUAUAUGAAUUGUGUAUUUUGGGGUUGAAUGCAUAUAUUUGUUAAAUAGCCUAACUGAAAAUUAGACAAUAAAGACUGCAUUGCUAUUAUUAUUAUAGUU